AUGGAGGAAGACAGACGACAGACCGAUCUCGGCACAGCAGCCGAUAUCGAAGAGGCCCAGCUCGCUCAGGCUAGCCCAUCCCCCGCCAUUGAAAAUGAGACAGAGUCAGCAACACCACAGAACGGGGCCACGCCGCUGAAGCAGCCCAAGAAGAGAUUUGUAGGAAAAAGAAUCGCUAAUGAGGUUGCUGCAAAGAAUGGAUCGUCGGGGGCUGCUGGUGCAAGCGGCACUGUCGCAACUGCCAAACCCCGAAGAGCGCCCAGACUAUUGAAUCAAGUUCCUAAGGAAAUUCUCGAGAAUCCUGAUCUGAAGGCUGCUAUUGCUUUGCUACCGGCCAACUACAACUUUGAGAUUCCAAAGACGAUUCAUCGUAUCCAGACCUCAGACUCCAAGAGAGUUGCGCUCCAGAUGCCCGAAGGCCUCCUUCUUUUUGCUACUACCAUCUCCGACAUUCUGACCCAAUUCUGCCCGGGUAUCGAGACUCUCAUCAUGGGAGAUGUGACCUACGGUGCAUGCUGUAUCGAUGAUUACACUGCGAGGGCCCUUGAUUGCGACUUGCUGGUGCACUAUGCUCACAGCUGUCUCAUCCCUGUCGACGUGACCACUAUCAAGACACUCUACGUCUUUGUCGAUAUCAGCAUCGAUGCGACACAUCUUCUAGCAUCUUUGGAACGAAACUUUGCCAGUGGCAAGACCAUUGCCGUUGUCGGAACCAUCCAGUUCAAUGCCACUAUUCACGGUGUCAAGAGCAGUCUCGAGCGAGGCGGUUUCCGUGUGCUUGUUCCGCAGAUUGCCCCUCUGAGCAAGGGUGAGAUUCUGGGAUGUACAUCCCCUCGUCUUACCGAAGAUGACAAGAUCGAUCUGAUCCUAUACCUUGGUGAUGGCCGUUUCCACCUUGAGAGUAUUAUGAUUCACAACCCUACUAUCCCAGCAUACCGAUACGAUCCCUAUUCUCGCAAGCUGACUCGUGAGACCUACGGCCACGAGGAGAUGCAGUCUCUUCGACGAACUGCCAUUCAGAGCGCUAGAACAGCGCGCAAAUGGGGCUUGAUUCUUGGUGCCCUGGGUCGUCAGGGUAACCCACACACGUUGGGUCUCAUCGAGAAGGAACUCAAGGCUCGGGGCAUCCCCAUAGUGCACCUUUUGCUGAGUGAGAUCUUCCCAGGCAAGCUCGCACUCAUGUCGGAUGUCGAGUGCUGGGUGCAGGUGGCUUGUCCGCGGUUGAGCAUUGAUUGGGGAUACGCUUUCCCGAGGCCGUUACUGACACCUUACGAGGCGUUGGUAGCUCUGGGAGAGAAACAGGAUUGGGGAGAUGGUGUGUAUCCCAUGGAUUAUUAUGGAAAGGACGGGUUGGGUAGGACGAGGCCUUUGCAGAUUGCCUCAUAG